UGCAAACUUUGUACAUUGUUCUCCUAUGGGUCAAGACCAUAGUAAAGCAUCAAAAAAAUGUUUAGCUAAAUUCUAUCCCGAUCUCCACACUUUUUCUGGAAACUUCACGAAGGGUGUCCGUGGUUUUGAUGUGGUAUUGGAGAGACGAAGCAGUAUGAAGAAGGAUAUUCUAGAUACUGUGAUGAAACGGACUGAGACUGCAAUGGGGCAGGAACUGUAUGUGGAUGAUAAUCCCAUGUAUGAGGAUCCUAGAGAUGUUAUUGUAAGAGAAAAACCUCCGAAACCACCAAGAAAACGGAACAUUCAAGCUAUGGCUGUGACAUCACCAAGACCAAACAAGGAGAAAGUGCUGCUUAGAGAGCAAAAACGAAAGCUUACUAAGAAAUAUGAAGGACUUAUCACCGCUUUGAUGGACAGAUGUGAAGAGAAUGUUGUAUUGAUAUCACAAAAAGAGUCACAAAUGACAAAACUCAAAGAGAAACUUAAAACAGUACUUGAGUACAACAAAUUGUUUGCCGAUGAGAAUGACAAACUGAAAAAGCAGUAUGAAGACCUAGUUAAAUAUGUGGAAGACUGUAAGAAGGUCCUCAAAGAGGAACGAGAGAGAAACAGAGAGUUUGAAGAGAGAAAUAGAGAGUUACAAGAGAGAGUCAAGAAGUUUGAAGUACCCGAUAGAGAGCACAAAGAGUCAACCGCAAUACCUCUUAUAGAAGUUUGCAUGAGCUGUAGCAGCCGUCAGAUCAUAUUGAAUCAGGCGAAGGAACACAACACGCGGUUGCAAAAAGACAUGCAGGCCUUAAAGGAUGUUCUUUACAGACUCAACGUUCAACUAUCUCGGUAUCAAGAGAAAAUACGUAACAACGUACAAACCCUUGGUUCUGAUGGGAAGUCCGAAAAUAUUUACAAGCCUAGUGAAAAGUUGGAUCUAGAUUCCAUGGUUUCUGCUAAUCUGGGCUGGAAAGGACAAGGUAAGAAAUUGUACCCCGAUGACGCGAAUUCCAAUAAAAGUGGUCACGAUGAUCAAACUCACGGAAGAGUUGUCGACCUUUCUGGAUUGUUGAGUGCGCAAGCACUAGCUCCUCUCUUCGACGCGUACCAAGAAAACUUGCAAGAAAAAGACAACCUCAUUUUGGAUUACGAAAAACAAUUCGAGAAUGUAAAUAAAAAAUCCAAACAAAUAAUAUCAGAGAACAAAUCGUUAACGGACAGAGUGCAAUCAUUAGAAGAGGAAUUAGCAAGACUGAGACAAGGCUAUAAAAAGCUCGUUGUUGAGAAAGAGACAGGUGAUAUUGAGAAAGCUACGCUUAUCGAGAGAGCGGAGAGGGCGGAAUGUAAGCUGAAAGAGGUUUAUGAGCUUUACGAGGAUAAAAUGGCAGCAAUGAUGCGAGACUACGAAACAGUGCAUCGCGAGUAUUUCGCGGUGAAAAGUGCUUUAGAAGCGACAGAGGGUAAAGUUGCUCAACUAGAUGUAUUAAGAGCGAGAACUGUACCGGCGGAUUUGCAUGAACGACGAUUGGAUCACUGCAAGAGACUUCUAGAAGAAUUAAAACACCAAUACAGCAUGGAAAACGAGCGUAAGACGGAACACAUUAAGAAGUUAGAAGAACAAGCGAAGACUUUGGAAGAGAAGUACCACAAAGUUUGUCAGGAACACGAGGUUGUUAAGGAGGAGCUCAGAACAGCGCUAAAGAAUGUUAGGUUGUACCGAAAAGCCGCGGUUAUAUUUCGCCAACGUGUAAAGGCAGCAAGUGCAAGGAUAACAAAAGUGCGCAGGAGUGCGAGAAAGAGUAAGAGUACAGCUGAGCCGCUCAGACAUGCACUUGAUACGUUGGAGAAAAUCAAGAGUGAAAUUAAGGUAGUGAAAUCUCGCGCUUCUACGUCUCUAGAUGAGCUAGAGAGGCGCAUCGUAGAGCAGGAGCGAAAAGCUGCGCACGCGCAGGCAGAGUACCGCAGGGAGCUCGAGAGGGCCACUAUUGCGCUUGAGCACAAAGAGGGCAUCAUUCGGAGUCUUAUUGAUAAGGUUGCUGAUGUCGAGGAGGUCAGAUUAAGCCAAACAAACACACAUCGUCUGCAAGGUAUAGUGACGGAUUCGGACCACUCUCCACAGGACGUCGAUAGGCGAGCCUCUAAGAGACAAGAGGCUAGGAGCGGGGUGAAACUAGUGCCCGGAGCAGGGGGGUACUUCCAGGAGAAACCUGACCGGAGAAAGGGGAAAGCAUAAAAUGGAUGUGUAAUUAAGAGUAAUUGAAUGUAUUGUGUGUCAAUUAUUAUUACAUUUACCCUAGGGACCGAGGUAGGCAAAACUCUCGUAUAAUUUCGCUGAUGUGUGAAUUUACCAUCGAGUAUAUAACCAGAAAUGGAGACGAAAUGUCAUUUAAUUUGUUUGAAAACUAUUCUGCCAUAUCAUUACGGUGACAACUGCGCUCCGAUUGGUCAG